GAAUCGACAGGUAGCCCAACGGGGUACACCGUCGAAUGAGAAUUUAGACAACGUUAGUAUGAAUUGGAAAGGCUUAUGAGAAGUGUCGCAGAACAGUAGGGAGGGAUCAGUGGUGACCAACGGUUGAAGAUACGCUAUAUUAAUUGAAGCUGGUUAUAUCUGCGAACACUUUGUGUGACUUAUUGCGCCGUUCUUACGCCGUAACCGAGGAUCGAUUCGCUUACUAAUGAGUUAAAGUACAAAUAAACGUGUACAGUGCUCACCCAGUGCUCGGCCCUACAGACGAAUGCAUAAUGAACAUCGCUGAUAUAAUAGCAAUCGAUCUUACUAACGAUCGAGAGUACCCAGAAUCCAACAGUUUUCCACAGAACACCGGGCCUGCUGUAAGUGCUCAUCGUACCGUGCACGGUCACUCGGUCAUAUGCUCAGUGCGGACUUCAGGAGCAUCAUAUCUUCCGGCACAGUCCGGAACCGUGUCCGAAGGGUAUCCAUCUACAGCGUACGGGGAACGACGCUAUCCAACCCGGAGUACUACGACUUUGGCCAAUCAGCAUUCGACACAUUCGACACAUACGACGCAUUCGGUUCAUUCGACGCAUUCGCUGCAUUCGACGCACUCUGUGCAUUCCGUACAUUCAUCGCACCCAGUCGCUCCAGCUUUCAGGACAUUCGGUAAUAAUGAGCAUACGAUCGGAAACCGCUGCGAGGCUGGAACCUUAUCACACAUGCCCAGUGUACUGAAAUUAACUCCACCUCGUUCAUCGCCACCUGCCACGUUGCUGCAAGCGAACGAUGUAGUAAAUCGGUCACAAACACCGAUUUUUGCGAUGGACUUUACACGGAUCAACGCAGCAGGCACGAGUGAGGAAAGUGAGCGGCUGGUGAAAGAUGUAGUUCUCUCGUUUACCAAUUCCAUUACUAGCAACGCUAACAGUAGUACAUCCAGCGCGGCAUCUCCAUCCGUUGUACCGUCCUCAGCAACUGCCUCCUCCUCCUGCUCUUCCACCUCUUCGGCCUUAGAAUUGAUGAGUCAAUGUGACGUGAGUCUCUGGAGAAAACGGGCGCUCGAGAUCGAGAAAGAUUACAAAAAGUCCGCGUGUGAUCGCGAGCGUACCAGGAUGCGCGAUAUGAACAAGGCCUUCGAUUUGUUACGAACUAAGUUGCCGCAUAAGAAACCAUCUGGAAAGAAAUACUCCAAAAUCGAGUGUUUAAGGGUGGCGAUACAAUAUAUUCGGCAUCUGCAACGUGAGCUAGAGUAUCCGACAACGCCAUCGCCGCCACCUGACGAGUACAUGUACGAUCGCCCAGCACCCUACAAUAGCAUGAUGCCUUCGAGCAAUUUUAUAGAUUUCGAUUGCAACAACAACAUGGCCAUGGUCCCGGUUUCAACUCCAAACACAGUGGCACCGACAUCAGUAGCCCAACAACCGCCGCAACCUUCGGUGCCAACGUCACAGCCGCUACCGAUACAACAGCACGGUACAAACCCGAAUCACCAAUGGUUUAUUACCAACAGUUCUGAUGGCUACAGUUACUACUAUCUUCCAUAGUGGGAUCGGAUUUACAUUUUAUCGGUGUAUUCACAAAUAUAGACUUAUUCUUAAAACGAA